UUGCAUCUUCUAAAGUUUUCUAUGAUGAGCGGCACCCCCUCUAAUGUUUGUCCCUUGGGGCAUCAUAAAAUUCAGAGUAUCAACAAUGGAAAGAUUGCGAACGGGACUAUCAAAGCCGGCGGAGGGAAUAAGCUUGCUCCCGGGAGCUACAUAAACUGGAAUGCUAAAGGGGUUGAAAAGAUAUCUGAGGGAGAGGCAAAAGACAUACAGGAAGCUGCGGACCAGUUCAAUCGAUUUCAGAUGAUGAACUUCAAUGAGCACAUGCACUGCUUGAGAGGCACACACCUCAAGACACAAGGGGUAUGUUCCAACAGCAUGGAAAUCGACUAUUCUGUGCUGACCUCCUCCAUGUGCGUGAUGGGGAAGUUUAUAGUUCAUGGAAAUCUUCCAUCGCACCUCGCACAGGGAAUGUUUGCAAAGCCGGGAACGUACGACAUGAUCAUGCGUUACUCUUCGCUCACCCCGAAAAUAGUCCCUGAUAACGUGCCUGCACCGCGCGGUAUUGGAAUGAAGAUUUUCGGAGUAGAGGGCGAAAAAUUGUGGGGCGAAGACAAGAAAACACAGGACUGGACGUUCAACAAUUAUCCUAUUCUUGAAUUGCGGAACCCAAAGACGACCCUUGAGAUCGCAGAUGCCCUGGAAAGGAACUGGAAUGACAUACCGAAAUUUGCCGAAGAGCAAGCCAAACGCGUUGAUGCCGAUGUUGCAACUCUUGGGUCACAGCUGCCCCGCCAACACAUGGUCGCCAUGCCCGAAUAUUCUCAAUCCGCCUACCGAUUUGGAGAAUAUGUUGCGAAGUUCGGCGUCUUCCCGCUCGGCGAAUCCCAACUCAAGCUUGAAGACAGCGAGAUUGAAGAUUCGGAUCCAAUCAACAUCAUAUCGCAAGAGUUACGGGAAUUUCAUUUGAAGCAAAAAGUCACGUAUUCUUUCUGUGCGCAGCUUUUGCAAGAUCUCGAUGAGCAGCCGGUCGAAGAUAUUGGUAUUGAGUGGGAUCCCGAGAAGUAUCCAUUUGAGCAGAUUGCAACGCUCGAGUUUCCUCCCCAGGAUAGUUGGCUGCCAGAAUUCAGAACAUGGUGGGAUGACCGAAUCACCGUUAAUAGCUGGCAUGGCUUGAAAACACAUCAGCCACUUGGAAGUACGAAUAGGAUGCGGAGAGUUGUUUAUGCAGAGAGCAGAAAACUGAGACUGAGAGUUAAUGGUUAUAAGGACUACGUGGAACCUGCAAAUCUCAACGACGUGCCAUGCCCAGUCCCUGCUCCAACUCUGCAACUCAGGUACCCAGACGCCACGCAGACCGUUGCAGUGUUGUGAAAUCAUCUACUCUCGGGCAAAUCAGAUUUUACUCUGGCUAGGACUGUGACUUUGGUUUACUCCAUGUAGCAUAUCGAAAUAUAGUUUGUGUUCAUCAAUCCAUGAAUCGCAUCGUGGGUGUGGGCGUGGGUGUCAUAGUGAGGUGGGUAGGAGUUGAUGGAAGAUUGAAGUGGAAAGCCUUGUAAGAACUCUGCUGUAGCUUUUUUUAUAGC